ACCAGCACUAGUGGUAGUUCGGUAGGAAUGUUUCUUGAUGUUCGUUGGUUUGGUCGUUUCCUCUGUCCUAAAAAGCUGCCUUUUCUUCUGCGCUUUUCUGUUCGUUUCUGCCAAAUACGUUUUCAUCACUUCACUAGAAGAGUCCCCCUCCCUCCAUUCCCUCUGACGGGAAGUAGAAUAGGAAGCAUAUCCUCGCUCGCUGGGCCAUUGAGAUCGGACGGAGCCUUCCUCCUCCCCUCUCCCUCCGUCCAACGAAUCCUUCCCUCGGACUCCUCCACUGUAGUGGAGAUCCGUCCGCACUGAUUGAUUUCUUUUGCCGGCGACGGAUCCCCCUGGAUUGAUUUCUUUUAUGUGCUGCCGCUUCCCUCCCUCUGCGCCUGUGUGCGAUCCAGCUCGAAGGAGGAGUUCCUGUUGGCAUUGUGCUUUCCCGGACCCAGAUCUUGAUGCAACUGCUGACUAGUUUACUGAUCUAGAGGAGUUUCCUGGCCUGAUUUGAUUUGGUGACCACGCCGCGAGGGGGACAGUUGGGCGUGGAUCCUCAUCACUAGUUGUUGGUCUUGUCCUUUCACAUGCCUGUGCCCACCACCGGUUUUGCUACUUUGCUGAUGGGUUCAGUGUCGUGGGUUUGUUGAGCUGUUUCUUCUUCUUGGCCCCCAUUUGGUGGUGACUGCUGAGGAGGAAGCUGAAAGGGAAGAGCUAGAGAGGACACAAAACAGAGUAGCAGGUUACUUUUUGCUGUGGCACAAUGAAGCAUAUGAAGCUUGGGUCGAAGCCGGAUGUCUUUCAGACAGAGGGCAGCAAUAUCAGGUUUGUUGCAACAGAGCUGGCAACAGAUAUUGUUAUCUCCAUAGGAGAUGUCAAGUUUUAUCUUCACAAGUUCCCUCUUUUGUCAAAGAGUUCACGAUUGCAAAGAUUAGUAGCUUCAAGUAAUGAGGAAAGCAGCGAUGAAGUGGAUAUAUCUGACAUUCCUGGUGGACAUUCAGCAUUUGAAAUUUGUGCCAAGUUUUGUUAUGGCAUGAUUGUAACACUCAACGCAUAUAAUGUUCUUGCUGCUCGUUGCGCAGCUGAGUACCUAGAAAUGUUGGAGACCAUUGACAAAGGAAAUCUUAUCUACAAAAUUGAUGUGUUCUUGACAUCGAGCAUAUUUCGAACCUGGAAAGACUCAAUCAUAGUUCUACAAAGUACAAAGUCGUUGCAGCCAUGGUCUGAGAAUUUGAAGGUAAUCAACCAAUGCAUUGACUCUAUUGCAUCAAAGGCGUCAACUGAUCCGUCAGAGGUUGAAUGGUCAUACACGUACAACAGAAAAAAACUCCAAUCCGAGAAUGGUGUCGAUUCUCACUGGAACGGAGUCAGGAUGCAACAAAUGGUCCCUAAGGACUGGUGGGUUGAGGACCUUUGUGAACUCGAGAUGGAGUUGUACAAGCGCGUGAUCCUAACAAUCAAGGCAAAGGGAAGAAUUCAUGCUAUAGUUAUUGGAGAAGCACUGAGAGCCUAUGCAUUCCGGCGGCUGCUUGGUUCCCUGGAAGAUGCUGUGAGCAAUGGAACUGAUUGCACAAAACGUCGUGUGGUUCUCGAAAACAUUGUAUUUCUGCUGCCCGCUGAGAAAGGUUCAGUGUCAUGUGGUUUUCUUCUUAAACUACUAAGAGCUGCAUGCUUGCUGGAAUCUGGUGAAUCUUAUCGUGAUAACUUGGUCAAGAGAAUAGGCAUGCAACUGGAUGGUGCUUCAGUUGUGGACCUUCUUAUACCAGCAGCUAGUGGUGAAAACUGUUUGUAUAAUGUUGACCUGAUUGUGGCAAUAGUUGAGCAGUUCAUGUCACAUCAUAGUGAUAAUGGUAAAUUGAGUUUUGAAGAUGAUGAUGAAAUUGUGGAAGUUGAGAAUUUUGCUUCUGUUUCCAUCACAUCAAAGUUGGCAGUUGCAAAAUUGAUAGAUGAGUAUCUUGGUGAGAUUGCGAAAGAUCCCAAUUUGCCUGUUUUGAAGUUCAUUGAACUUGCUGAAAUGGUGUCUGCCACAUCCCGGCAAACACAUGAUGGACUAUAUCAUGCCAUCGACAUGUAUCUAAAGGAGCACCCAAGCCUACCAAAGAGUGAAAAGAAGAGAUUAUGUGGAUUGAUGGACUGCAAGAAGCUGUCCCAGGAGGCAUGCAUGCACGCUGUGCAGAAUGAGCGGCUUCCACUGCGUGUGGUUGUGCAAGUCCUCUUCUUUGAGCAAGUCCGAGCAUCGGCUGCUUCUGCAAGGAGUGACUCUGCUGCCGAUCUUUCAUUGGCUGUCCAUUCGCUUCUUCCUAGAGAGAACGGCAACUCGUAUGGCAGCUCUAGAUCAGCUGCCACCACAACAACUGAAGAGGAUGGUAGCGGAGUCCCAACAUCCAGUGACAUCAACUCUUUCAGGUCGAUGAGGCUUGCCACAAACGGUGCUGGCAGCGAGAGGAGCACCGCUAGCAGCGAGAUUAACAAGAACAGUGAGGACAAGAGCACCACCGGUAAGGCGAAAGCGAUGCUGAUGCCUAAGAAGAUGCUAAGCAUGCUCUGGUCUGGGAAGACAACAAAUGUUGGUGAGAACAGCGGCUCAGAAACAUCGGAGAGCCCUGGGUCUGCCAACAACACGGAGGAGGUGAAGUCGACGCCGUCACGGAACACGAGGCGCUCGAUGUCCUAGCCACUUGCCCUCGUAGUUUUUCUUUGAUUUUUUUUCCUUUACACGAGAGGUAGCAAUCUUAGGAUGUGGAAUACUACUGACUUGUCCAGUCGCCGAUGAUGUUUUUGUAGCAUUCUUGCUAGUAAUUGCUGUAGUCCCCUAGAGGUCUGGUCAUUGGUGUUCAGGAAACACGUUUCAUAAGAUAAAUCUGUAAUGUUUCUUCGGUGAUAGUAGUAUAAAGGAAGUCGUUUUUGGA